UUGACAGAGAUUGUUGUACCACUGGCAAGAACAAGAGGCUGUUCUCACUGUGGGAAAAUUUAGUGAUACGCCUUGAUAUUUGGCACUUUAUGAGAAGAAUCGCUGCUGGAUGUAACCCAGAGGCUCAUCCACUCUAUUAUAGUGUAUUUGUCAGUUGUUUAUCGCAGUGCCUCUUCCAAUGGAGCAAAGAAGACUUGGAUUUAUUGAAGACUGCUGCUCGACAAAACACGCGUAUGGGAAAUAUGGGACAACCAAAAGCACCAUAUUCCAUGCAUCCAGGACCCUGAGGGGGUGCAACUGUACACUCAAACUGGGGUCUUGACUAAAGGUGGUGUCCAACUUCCAACUUAUAGAUGUGCAAGAGGUUCAACAUCUUUGGAGUCAUUCCACCUGCAUAUUAAUAAAUUCAUACCAGGUACCUCAGCAAGUGACAUUCAUUUUCAAGCUUACUUGUUAGAUGGCCUGAUGAGGUGGAAUGCUGAUCGUGCUUCUGCUGCAGUGUCAAGUACUGCAUCAGGACCAGAAAGCUACACUGGAUUAUUGAUACAUGCUGUGAAUGAGCUGAGUGAAGAUGUCCUCGGUUAAAAAAUCAAGGGCAGUGUUCAGACUAUUGGAAUCCAUACAGGUGAAAUGAUAGGAGUUGAGUAUCUCUACAAUCAAACUGGUGAGAUUCUCAAGGACAACACAGUAGAAGAAGAGGAUCUCAGACAUGGGGAAGAAGCUCUUUCAGAUAUUAACCAGGACCAAAUAGAUGAAGGAUUUGAUGAGGAUGAAGAUGAGACAAUUGCACUUGCAGAGCAAGUGUUCACUUUACCUUUGGGUAGUGAUAGGGACUCAGAUGCAACAAGUACUUCUGAUGAAGACUCUGCUGAGCUUGUGGGAGGUGAUUCAUCAUGUGCUACAGAGGACUCUUCUGGGCCCGACAACAUUCAGGGAUAUGGAGAAGUCCAGGCUUUAGCAUCAUAUCUGGUUUCUAUCGGAGAGGGAAAUAUGGCCUUGUCCAAUUCCCAAGCCAAUGAAAUAAUUAGAUUGUGGAAAAGCCUUCAUGAAUAUGACAAACAGCCAACAACAUUUGCUCCACGACAUCGCACUACACUGGUUAAGGGAAAGUUUAAAGUUCCAAAGAGAAGAAAUACCAAUGUCGUACCAGGGCUAGACAGCACUAGGAGGUGUUUUCUAGGCUCCAACAGUGCCCCAGCCCAAUGGCCAGAUUGUAACAGGUACACUGAGGCAGUUAUAUCUGAACUGUGUAAUGCACAUCCUGGGCCAGAGAGAUCAAGCAAAAAAACAUCUAACCGUUGGUCACUUGUGUGUAAAGACUACCGAGGCAUACAAGAACGUGUUAUGAACAAUGGCAUGGUGAUGAGAGAGACACAGAUUCAGCUACCAGAUAUAAACCAAGCAACACUAAGUCAGUGGUACAUUAA